AUGCUCUGCGCAGGGGACGCCUCUGCCAUGCCGACCGCGGCGGACACGAGUGGCGCCGCCCCCGCGGGCAGCGCCGCCGCCGGCGAGGCGGGGCCCGCUGGCGCCGCGGGGGCGCGCGGCGCGGCUGCGGGGAGGCCUGCGCCAGGGCCGCGGCCCGGCACGCGCGGGCCGGGCGGGGCGGACGCCUCGGUGCCCACGAGGUACGAGGCCGUGCACGUGCUCGGCUCUGGGGCCUUCGGGACGGUCUUCAUGGCGAGGGACCGCGAGACCGGCGGCAGGGUGGCGCUCAAGCGAUUGAUGGUCAGCGCUGGCCAGGACGGCGUGCCCGGGAGCGUCAUCCGCGAGGUGUCGCUGCUGCGCGAUCUCGUCCACCCGAACAUCGUGCGGCUCAAGGAUCUGCAGAUCGUCGGCCUCAACGGGAUCGAGCUGAUCUUCGAGUACAUCAAGGACGACCUGCACCAGGUUUUGAAGGGCUACCGGAGGGAGGGCACCCAGCUGCCCAUGGAGAAGGUCGUGCGGUAUUCACAAGAUCUCCUCAACGGGAUCCACGCGUGCCACACGCGCAUGGUGAUCCAUCGUGACCUCAAGCCGCAGAACGUUCUCAUCCACCCCGUGGACGGCCUCAAGAUCUGCGACUUUGGCAUGGCCCGCCUCGCCUCGCUCACCGUCACGAGCUACACCCAGGAGGUCGUCACCCUGUGGUAUCGUGGCCCAGAGUUGCUGCUGGGGCAUCCCACCUACGACCUGCCGGUGGACAUGUGGUCUGCGGGGUGCGUCCUUGCCGAGAUCGCCACUGGCUGCCCGACAUUCCCCGGGGACUCCGAGAUUGGCACACUCUUCAAGAUCAUGCAGCUGCUGGGCUCCCCCACGGAGGCCACCUGGCCAGGCUUCGAGACCAGCCUGCCGCUCUGGAGCCCCCUGUACCCGAGCUGGCCGCCCUCCGGCCUCAAGACGAUACGCGACCAGCGCCCAGAGCUCGGCGAUGCCGGGAUGGACCUGGUCCGCUCCCUGCUGACCAUGAACCCCGCGGCCCGGUCGACCGCCCGGAAGGCCAAGGCCCACGCCUGCUUCUCGCGGCCCGGCUCAGCUCCACCGAGGGGCGCCCCCUCCUCAUGA